AUGAGACACUCUGGUCUCAGCACCUACCCACCCCCGGCCUCAGCCCCUCUGCCCACCAGCCCAGGGCACAUGAAGCUUCAGAGUGUCCGCCUUCCUCUCCGGAGCAUCGCUGAAGGGCCACCGUACUUCCUCCAGAGCACAGAGCGCGGUUUCCAAGAGAAACCGACUUCCCCGGCCGAGAAGGGCGCCCCGCCACUGGCCUCUGUGACCGAUGACAAACGCCUCCCACUCAGUACACGCUUUGCCUCUUGCGUUGCUUUCCGUAACCGCCACCAGGUGAGACGGGCAGGCCAGGGGGAGGCCUCGGCAGGUCAGCCAGCUCGCAAGGUCGGGGGGCCUGGUGGCCGUAAACGCAGGACUCAGGCUCAGCUCCAGAAGCAGUGGGACAGCAGGGACGUGGAGAGGCGGCGCUCUGCGGACACGGGGAGAAAAGCAGAGAGGCCUCAGGAGGAGCCGCCCUGCCCACGCCAGAGCUGGGGCUUCAGCCCCCAGGACUGGGAGAGGCCCCACUUCUGUUGUUCCAGACGCUCCGGGGAACUAACGCAGAGCAGGUGCCUGAACCCAAACAUCAGGGGAGAGGAAGAGCCUCGAGUGAGCAGAGGUCCGGGGAGGCGGCUCAGCACGUGCGAGCCAGCGCCCCACGCCGGGCGGCAUCCGCUGCGCGGGGAAGCAAGCCCCGAACGCGCCCUGCGCAGCCCGGCCGGGGCUUGCCUGGCCACCCCGAAGCCCCAGGGUGAGGACGGCGGCGGAAGGGCGGCGCCGGGCCGGGUCCUGGAGAAACGUGAACGCGGGGGGACACGUGUGCUGUGCCCAGCCGCGGAGAAGGGGCGGGUGUGGGGCAGAGAGGGCGCCUGCAUCAGCCCCGGGGCAGGCGAGGCGUGUGAGGAAGUGGGCCGAGGUACCGCUGAAACCCAGGCUCUGGGCGUCUCUUCACGCAAGCGACGCUGCCUGUGCGUGAAGACGGGCGCCUCUCUUCACCCCACCGAGAGCAAACACGGCUGA